AUGUCUUGUGAAAACGAUACAGACAUGUUAAUUGCCGAAGUUGAAGGAAGGCCUCACAUAUGGGAUCCAUCGCAUGGGGACUACAAGAACCGUGAAAUGCGAUUGAAGGCGUGGCUAGACGUCUGUGCAAAUAUAAUACUCGGCUUUGAAGGUCUGAACGAGGCAGAUCAGAAAAAGUGUUUUGACAAGGUCCAGACGAGAUGGAAAACUGCACGGGAUGCCUAUUUUAAAAGCCUCACUAGAAUAAAUCAAACGAGGUCCGGAUCAGCAGCAACUAAGAGACCAAAAUACAUCUACCAUGAGCAGAAGAGGCCUAUCAAGAACACAACAUUUGAAGAUAAUUUACUUACAUUAUUAAAAGAUGGUAAGGAAAAGGAGGAAGACGACGACCGAGCAUUCUUUAUUUCGCUGUUGCCCUCUGUGAAGACAUUAAAUGUUGAUCAGAAGCUAUUAUUUCGUACUCAGGUACUUCAACUGCUUAUGUCGAUUAAGCAAACAAAUCAGCCAUCAUAUUCAGGUUACGAGACGGCGCAGCACGCAGACAGCAGGUGCGGCGGCGGCCAGCAGCUGCCGGCGCUGUUGACACUAUACAGCGCGCUGGAAGUGACAGCUUCAGGACAUCACGACGGCGCAGUCGCAGCCGGUGGUGCGGCCCACAGCUACGAGAAGCACCGGCACUACGUCGAGGAAGAAAAGUAA